AUGAACUGUCGCGUGGCGAUGCGACUGACGAGUCCCUGCAUGGGGGGCAGCUUAAGAAGGAGGAUCCUGCGGAGCUGGGGGCCGCUUCGUGGUUGCGGCUCACUGGCCGUCCUAAUUGAUGGCGACAACGUGUCUCCGGCCUCGCUACAGUCUGUGUUGCAGGCAGUGCGGUCGGUCGGCCAGAUCAAGUACAGCCGAAUUUACGUGAACCAACACAAAGCUUUACUCUGGAAGGACCAGCUCGCAGAGCAAGGCGUCGAGACGGUCGUGGUGCCGCAGUUGUCCUCAGGGCUGAAGGACCCGGCAGAUAUCAUGCUGGCUGUGGAUGCUGUGGAGGAAUGCUUGAAAGGCACAGCGCUUGGCAUCGCUGUAGCAUCGGAGGACGUGGACUUCGCCAUCGUCUUGCGGAAGGUUCGUCAGCUGGGCCGUCGGUCCUUUGCCGUGACCCCUGCGCGAUCAACUUCGCGGUGUCAAGAACUGCUGCGCUCGGCAGCAGACGAGCUUCUGCUCUUUGGGGAGCGUCCCAGCAUCAGCAAGGUGGCGGAGCAUCUGGACACGUCGUGCCUGGAUUCCAACGUGGAGCUGGCAGAACAGGUGGACUUGGGGGACCAGCCCUUGACUGAAGAGAGGCAGAGGAGCAUGGAGAAGUUGGAAGAGCUCUUGCAAGGACUGGGCUACCUGCCCAAACCACCCCAGCGCGGCAUCAUGCUAGCUGCGCUAGCCAAGUUCUUCCACGCAAACGGGCUUGGUCGGCUUACCAUCCGGCCUCUGCACGAGGGCCUCACGCAGGCUUUCUCGCUGAUGGAGAGGCCACCGGCUGGAGGUUGGGCUCCUGAUCCCAAGAAUCUGGCGUUUCUGAAGCCCAAGGAGGUCGAGGCAAAGAGUCCCGAUGAGGAAGCCACGCAGGGAGGGCCUCUCUUGACAUACAUCAGCGAAGACCUUGUUCAGCGAGUCCUCCGUCGCUUCGGGUACCUCCAGGCUGGCGAGGAAAGUCCGGGGCAGGUGAUGGAAGCCGUGGAGUUGUUCUGGGACCGGAACCGAAAGGAGCUCCAAAAGUGCGGCUGGCAAGCUAUGGAGGCCACACGCUCGGCGUCUGAUGCCCGGGAGACCUUGCACCAGAUCUUCACAGAGCCGCAUCGUCUUCAGGUCUGGCGCCGUGCCGCCAAGGAGGCCAGGCUCCGGCGCCGUCUGAAGGAAGUGGGUGAGAUUCGACAUGCAGAUGUGCCGCGGCCGGAGCUAGUGGAGGCCAUGCGCCGGCUGCUCCAAAUCCGAGCACCCAGGGAGGAGCUGCCCAAAAUCUAUGCUGCACAUGUGGCACGGUGCUUGCGGCACCUCGAAAGUGAUCCAAGCAGCCGCAAGUAG